ACCAGCCAUGAGAAGUAGUUCAUGCUGAUCAAUCUGGAUAAAAUUCAACCAGUGUAGAUCAAGCAGGCUAGGUUCCCCCUCAUCCACCAUCAUCUCUACAACCUCUCCACACGAACGAGACCAAUCACAAGCUAGCUGCGAGCAAUGGAGCACCAGAUGUUCAACGAGCCGUUCACGAGCAGCAUGUCGUCACUGGAGGCGGACAUCUUCUCCGGUGGACACCACCACCUCGCGCCGUCCCUGCAGUUGCCGGGCCUAGACCUAGACCACGACAUCCCGGCGGCGCCGGCUGCCAACAACGCCACCUCCUCUGGCGGCUUGAGGUCCCACCGAAAGAUGAGCCACAGCGCGUACGAGCGCGACAGCCGCAAGCAGCUCAACGAGCAUUAUUCCAACCUUCGCUCCCUCCUCCCCGACGAUGAUCAUCACACCAGGAAGCUGGGCAAUCCGACCAUUGUGUCGCGGGUGAUCAAGUACAUCCCGGAGCUGCAGAAGGAGGUAGACGGCCUGGAGAAGAAGAAGGAGCAGCUGACGCGGGCCAGCUGCAGGCCGGGAGAUGGCACGGCUCCUAUCGUCUCCGCCACCUGCCUUGACGACAGGGAAAUCAUGGUCCAGGUCAGCCUGCUGAACACCAUGGCCGGUGCGCUGCCCAUGUCCAAAUGCAUGAAGGUGCUGGAGAACCAAGGCCUCUGCCUCAUCAGCUCGUCCGCUUCGGCUUUUCAGAACAGGACCUUCUACAGCCUUCAUCUUCAGAGAACCCAACGAACAAUGAGCAAGGAGUGCUCAGCAUUUUGUGACGAACUGGAGAACGCCGUGAAGCAAAAGGCGGGACUACAUCCACAUUACUAGUAGAAGACAACAUAAUAGUGGUGGAUGCGAUCAUAUUUAAGUACUACCAUGAAUCAAAAUGCAUGCCAUACCUAUAUAACAAAUAAUCAAAGAUAAAUAGUACUGACGCAGUUGGUAUCUUCGCGAUAUUAAUAUAUAUCAAAAAAAAAAUAGUAAGACGCAUGCAUGAUAGUAUAAAACAGUGUGUUCCAUAUAACUACUAUUGUAUAUACAUUCAGGCCCUACAUUUUCCUCAUGAUGUACCCUAGCUUGUACGCAGAUGCAAGUUGAGUAUAAUUACUAUGCGUGCUAGGACGACAAAGAAAAUAAAUUUAGAGCUGGCCGCAAAGCAGUGGCGUGCAUUCUGAUAAGAGACACGCCAUGUCCAUGUAAUUCAUACAAAUAAAUAAAUAUA